AAAUGAACUCCCAUUUAAUAAUAAUGUCUGUGUUUCUAUUGACCCUACUUAGACUUACAUCCCAAGAACUGUUGGCAACCUCAUAAAUCAAACAUUGCGAUUCCAACAACAAUACUAAUUGUUCAGAAAAUAUGCUUAUCAUGUUGACAAUUGAAAACUCAUACUCAACAUCAACAGAAUAAAUCUAAAUCAAUUCAACAUUACUCAACAACCAAACUGUUUAAUUGUCAACUCCAUUUACUCUUACAAUUACAAAAACGCCUGUCUUUGCUUAUUAUCCAUUAAAAUAUUUUCAAGAUUACAAUAGUCAACCUUAUGAACUUCAAAUCCCAGCAGCAGUUAAUCCCUGUGAUGAUAAUUGGACUUCCAAUUCGCCAACGUGUGGAUUCUAAUAUUCAAACAAUAGUAAAAUUUAAGACAGCCAAGGUUUCUGUUGUUCCUGUGGAUCGUCAGAAUACAAUGAUUAGAGUGAUUAAUCAGUCAGAACUAAUAUUUGCAAAAAUGCUUCAGUUUCAGCAAUGGCCUUUUGCCUUAGAUAUUCUCCUCUCUGGUAUAGGUAAUUCUUUAGUAAAUUAUUAUUCUAAGCUCCUACAAUAUAUCCAAAUUUGUAAUCCAUUAUAACAUUACUAUAUCUAUUGAGUACUCUAAUGAUGAAGUUGAAUAAUACACACUCGGGAGUAAAGUAAAAGAAUUUUAAGGUGAGUCCUCUAUUGCAAAAAUUAUUUCAGAUUAUAUUCCGUCAAAGUAGCCACCUUCUUUAGAGUCCUUUAUGCUAAUGAAACCUAGUUCACCUGCUAGUCAUAAUAGAGUAUAAGCUGGGUCGGCAGCUUAUUUGUUUGUACCUCAAAAAUUUUUAGGGUAAGGAGAAUGUAAUAAAAUUGGAGUUUCGUAUACUUCAUUCAAAAUUGAAAGAAAUAGUUGCUAAAAGUAAAUAAGGUCAUGCUUAUAAAAUUAAAUAGAGGAUCUAUAUCAGAAUGAUGUUGCUCUACUUUCAAACAAUUCUUAACCAACCUAUUUGACAUCAAAAUAUGGGGAAUUUAAGUAAAUCAAUAUUGAUAAUGAUUAAUACAUUUAAUUUAGCAUUGAUGAAUAAAUGUUCACGACUAUAACAGUUGAAAUUAAUACAACUGGUCGCAUUUCAUAUUUCGGGAAUAACAAAGAUAGUCAGAAAGGAUAAAUAGAUUUAGUAGAAAUUCAUAAUUUUUCAAUCGCAUCCGGAUCUGGUUUAUUAUAUGCUUAAAUAACCAAUAUUGGGGAUAUUUUAAGCGAAUUUAAAAGCUUUUUUAUUUGUUCUACGAAUAGUAUAACAAUUAAUUCUACCGAACUUUCUUUAGAACCUUUGAAGAGCAAAAUUAUAGAGUAAGUCAUAAAUGUUUCAAUUGAUAUAAAAAAAUCAAAUAUAUGUAAUUUUAGUUUAUUAAGUAAUGAAGGAUCUCUUUUGGAUUGGAGAAUUGUGUAUCUUGACGAAUAAAAUAAUAAUACUAUUUAAUCGAAUAAUUAAAACAAAACUAUUACUAGUGAAGGAAAAGGGUGUGAAAUACAAUGUUCUUAAUUCUUUGAUAUUUCUUGCUAUUUACGGAAUAAUUGUGAAUAGGAGAUUAUCACAUUUUUUACUGUUUUAGGUGGAAUAUUAUUAACUUUUUCAUCUUGUUGUCUUUAUGUAGGAUACAAAAGAAAUGUAUGUUGCUGUUGGUCUAAAAAUAAAAAAAUGUCAAUUGUUCCACCUUUAGACAGUGUAUUGUAUCAAUAACAUAGCUAAAUGAAUAGAAGAAGUGGAGGAUCGGAGUCCUCUUAUGAAUAGAUUUCUUAAUUAUAAGUUUCAAUAUUGAGUGCAAACGUAAAUAAGAUAAUGUACUUAAAUUUGGGAUUGGGCACAGAUCCUAUAUCUAAUCACCUUCAAUCAGAUGCAUCAUUUGAGGUGUUGGCAACCUUUUAGAAUAAAGAUUUAGUGGAGUUGUCAAUAAAAAGGAAAAGCCCUUUUGUAAGAAUAUUUAAAGAGAUAUACGGUUUGUAAGACGCAGAUAGGAAUGUUAAGAAGUAUUUGGAAGGGAAGAGGGAGUCGAUUUCAUUAUUCAGCAAUUUAUUAACAGAAUUUCCACUCUUUUGUAUUUUUUGAGGAUGAC